AGAAAAAGGGGUGGGGUGGGGAAGAGGGAGGUAGGUGAAAGAGCAAAGGUCAGGCUGGAAGGGGUGAUCAAAUAGUCAAAUAGUUGGGUUACUGGGUGUUCCUGAGGCUGUGUAACCCUUCCCCCUUUUCUUUAGGAAACUUUCAUGUUUCUUCCUGGUUAUCCCAGAUCGGUGGUGGUGGUGGUGGCGGUGUGGACCAGUUCCGGCAAAAGCCUAGUUCUGCUUCAUCAUUGUAAUCCCAGCCCUCGGGUGGCUGAGGUAGGAGGAUGAAACAGUUCUAGCCCAGCCUAGGCAAUUUAGGGACUUAGGGAAACCCUGUCUCAAAACAGAAAAUAAAACAGGGUUAUUAGAUGUAACGAAGGCCCUGGCCUCCACAGGGGGGGAACUGCGUCGGGGCCUCGAUCCUGCCCUUGAACCUGACCUGGUCUCCACCUCAGGCCGCUGCUAUCUGCAGCUCCGUGGGUGUCCCAGGCCCCGGUAUGGGCCUCCCCAACGCCUGAGUCCAUCCCCCUCCUCUCUACCUGCUAGCGCCCUUGGCCGCACCUGCCCCAGCCUCCGCAGGGAUCGCAGGGCAACCCGCUGGGGCGGGGGAUGUCUCAUGGGGAGAGGAGUGGGGAGACCCAGGUCCUAGCGCCCCCUGAAACCUCGGCCCUUACGCCGGGCACGGAGUUGGGUCCCCGAGGCCAGGGCCUUGCUGGACCGGGCGGCCCAGGCUGGUGGGGGACGGCUUCGGGGUUGAGGCCCCUCUCUGCAUCCUCGGGGCCAAGUCUCCAGGUGAAAGCGGAAGACGUGGGACCGAAAAGGUACUACGGCAAGACCAGCAGGACGCCGGCCUGGAGCAGGACGCUGUGACCCAGAAGACGGCUCAGGGGAUCCCACCGAGCGGCCCCCCCUACCCUGAGGGCGGAGCCAGGGCGGGGCCCAGAGCUGCCCGCAGGUGCACGGGCAAGCGGGCCCUGCCCUCCGGGGCGCUCAGAGGCCAGAGGCGGGUCACAGCGACCGGCGGGCGACGCCCUAGAACCGUGAGGCGACUGCGGCCACAGGUGCUGCGCAGGGCACCGUGUCAGCCUGGCGCUGGCGCCCAAAGCUUCCAAGCUGCUUGUAACCCUGGACACCGAGGCCCCCGGGCCGGAGGGUGGAGUCCUGGGGUCUCUCGAGGAGCAGGGCCAAGAGCCCUCCGGGCUCAACAGCGGAGACCCGGAGCCCGCUGCACUGCAGGCCCCCGAGGUCCCCAGGCCGGGCCGUGAGAUCCCCGAACCCUCCUCGGAGCAGGACGUUGAGACCCCCGAGCCGGGGAGCAAGAUCCUGCAGCCACCAACGGAGCAGGACGCCGAGCACUGGGGACCGUGCGCAGCCGCGGGCUCCGAACGUCCAGGGCCAGGUAGCGACCACGGUCCCGGGCUGUGUGCGGUGCCCAGUGCGGAGGUCUCGGGGCAGCCCCCACCGGCUAGGCCUGAGACCCCAGCCUCGGGCUCAGACGCGGAGGCUUCCGCGCGGCGCCUGCCGCGGGUUCCCGAGAAUCCCGAAGGUUGCCCCGGGGAGCCGCCCAUGGAGACGCCCAUUGAGCGCGAGAUCCGCCGCAGCUGCGAACGCGAGCAGAGCCUGCGCCGGAGCCGGGGCCUGAGCCCAGGCCGAGCGGGCCAGGAGCUGGUGGAGCUGCGCGUGCGGCCGCUGCUGCACCUGCCAGGCCCCGCCGCCACCGCUUGGCGAGCUCCGGCGCUUCUUCGAGGCCGCAGCAGGGGGCGGCUCCGCCGGGGGCGACGCAGGCCAGCAGCAGCUGCGCGAGGCGCGCUCGGGAGUGCAGGUCCGGUGCGCGGUGUUGGCACGCGCCCCGCCGCCACUCACGCCAUCCCUGCUGGAGGAGGAGGUGCGCCAGGUGCGCGAGCGAGAACAGGAGCUGCAGCGGCAGAGGCGUAGCAUCUACGGCACCACUGAGUUCAAGGAGCCCGCGCCAAGUCUCACGGCGAGCCGGGGCGACGGAAAGCUGGCAGUGACAUGGCCCCCCCGCAGAAAGGCCCCGGACAGCGGCCUGGAGCAGGAGGGACGCGGACCCUGAGACUUGGAUAGGCUGGGACCUCUGGCCGGAAGUAGCACACCGGGGCGGGGACCCAGCAACGCGCGCGCCUGACCCGCGGGAGGAGGCCUGGAGCGGUCUGGCCCUGUGCACUGGAAACUUGCAAUCGACCUGUGCAUCUUUGAUCUCGGUCUGUUGGGACGCGCCAACGCCCUCUCUAAAACUAUUUGGUCUCCUUUGGGAACCUUACCACCACCUGCAGCCCUGUGAGUGAAACGGACCGCACUCUCCACGUAACGGCGCACAGAGCCAACUAAACUUCUCUGUUAGAGAGCCAGGGCCACCACACACCACCAAUAAAGUCCCCUCCUUUCUGA